AUGAAUCUGAGCAACAUUAUAACCCUGAUGAACCUGGAAGACACCAUGCUGAGUAAAAUUAGCCAAGGACAAAUCGUGCAUGAAGCCAGUAUUAUAAAAGUUCAGAAAAGGUUGUCACAAGAAGCAGAUGUUGAUGGUGACCAGUUACAGCAGUGGCCUGACUCAUAUACAAAGAAGUUUGAACACAGGAUUUACCCCAUCACAUUUUCUGUUGGAAACCCUCAGGAAUGGAAGAAAUUAUUCAAACCCUGUGCUGCCCAGAGACUCUUUCUUCCGGUGAUUUUAAAAGACGUGGACUCCCUUUUGUACGUGGACACUGACGUUCUCUUUCUGAGACCCGUCGAUGACAUCUGGAAACUCCUGAGGCAUUUUAACUCUACCCAGCUUGCAGCCAUGGCCCCCGAGCAUGAAAUCCCCAAGAUUGGCUGGUACAGUCGCUUUGCUCGGCACCCUUUCUAUGGUGCUGCAGGAGUUAACUCUGGGGUCAUGUUAAUGAACUUAACACGCAUCAGGAGUACCCAGUUCAAGAACAGCAUGACUCCAGCAGGGCUGGCGUGGGAGGACAUGUUGUAUCCCUUGUACCAGAAGUAUAAGAAUGCCAUCACGUGGGGAGACCAAGAUUUAUUAAAUAUUAUUUUUAAUCUCAACCCAGAGUGUCUCUAUGUGUUCCCCUGCCAUUGGAAUUACCGCCCCGACCACUGCAUGUAUGGGAGCAACUGCAAAGAGGCCGAGCUAGAAGGUGUGUCUGUCCUGCAUGGGAACCGAGGUGUCUACCAUGAUGAUAAGCAGCCAACUUUCAAAGCGCUCUAUGAAGCAAUACGGGAUUUUCCUUUUCGAGACAAUCUCUUCCAGUCCAUGUAUUCCCCGCUGCAGCUGAAGUUUUUGGAGACUGUGCACACGUUAUGUGGACGAAUCCCCCAAGUGUUUCUGAAGCAGAUUGAGAAAACAAUGAAGAGGGUUUAUGAGAAGCAUGUCAUCUUCCAUGUCGGCCCCGACAGGAUGCACUGACUGCUUCAUCCCUCCUUCCUCUCUCAUACUGAACUGCAAGACAUCAUUCAGGUGCCCGGCGAUCAAGGCAGUGUGACUCUGAAGCCUGCCUCUUCCUUGUAUGAUUCUUGAAUGGUGCUCCUGGACUGUCGAGUUUCAAAGACUUUGUUAAGUUUGUCUCAAUUAGUGCACCCAACGGGAAAUACGCGUCUCCUUGUUUGUUUGUUUUUCUAAAAUGCUACUUACCACU